GAAAAAAUCGAAAUAUGUAUCAAAAAGUACAUGAACUUGGAACAAACCAUGACCUAUCUGCAUGAAAACCACCAGAUUACUCAUAAUAACACUAGAACAAUUUGGGAACGUCUUCAAAGAGGCAAUCCAGAUUUCUUCAAAGAAUACUACAAACGAUGCGAAGUGGCUCGUCAAAUAACUCAAUUUAACGGUUUGCUUGCUCAGCAAGUAUACCUGAUGAAUAAAUUUAGAGAAAUUGAGCUUAGAGAUACUACUGCACCAGAACAUCAGUUUGCAACAUUGCUUCUCCCUGAACAGCCUGCUAAAUCUGAGUCUUGGAUAAAUCUUGAUUUUGGUGAUGGAUAUACCAACAAUAAUGGCUCAGAUCCGACAUAUGAUCUGCAAAAGAAAACAUAA